AUGUCAACAACUAUGAACCUUUAUGUUAUGCCUGCUACAUACUACCCUCGGCGGGUACUGAUAUAUCUUCACGAGAAGGGAUUAAUCAACUCAUCUCAAAUCAACAUUAUACCUGUUGAAAUUUCCCAGACAGGCCAAAUGACGGCCCCUGGCAAACCACCCGGCUCUGUGCCCAUAUUACGCUUGCCUGACGGUACCUUCAUCAAACAGUCCCUCGCAAUUCUGGAGUAUUUCGAGGACAUCUGUGAGCAUCCAAACGACCAAUGGCAGAAAGAUCUCUUCGAGGGAACCCACUGCAACAGUAUGAGAGGCGCAACGGCGGAGGCUCGGGCCAGGAUUAGAGAGAUAAUGGGACUUGCCGACGAAGCUAGCAGUCAGUUUGGCUUCGCUUGCCACAAGGGUAGCAAGUUGUUCGUGCCGAUAGAAGAGACGAAUGCCGAUGCCGGACGUCUGACAAUGGAAUACUGCAGAAAGACGCUGAGUACCAUCGAGAAGUACUAUGAAACCGACGAGAGGUUGCAGAGCGAAGUCUUUCCAGAGAUGAACAUCGCUGACUGUGUGCUCUUUGCCCUUUUGGAGUUUGCAAGUGGAGUCUAUGGAGUCGACUUCUUUGCGGAUGGCAAACUGCCCAAUUUGCAACGAUUCUUUCAAAUGGUUGGGAAGAGAGGGAUUGCUCGGAUACCGGAGGACGCAUGGAAACAAAUUGAAGGAGUUCGCAUCAUGGGUAGGCAGUGGUUGUUCUAA